AUGGCUAAAACAUUGAAAGAUUUGGACGGUUGGCAAGUUAUCAUUACAGAUGAUCAGGGGAGGGUUAUUGACGACAACAAUAGAAGAAGAUCAAGAAAAAGAGGAGGAGAAAACGUAUUUCUGAAAAGAAUUUCUGAUGGAUUGAGUUUUGGGAAGGGUGAGAGCGUGAUAUUUAAUGAUAAUGUGACGGAAACAUAUUCUGUCUACUUGAUCCAUGAGAUCAGACUCAAUACACUUAAUAAUGUUGUGGAGAUUUGGGUUUUUUCUUACUUGAGAUGGUUUGAACUCAAACCAAAACUGUACUACGAACAAUUCAGGCCAGAUCUAAUAAAGGAAGAUCAUCCUUUAGAAUUUUACAAAGAUAAAUUUUUCAACGAAGUAAAUAAGAGCGAGUUAUAUUUAACUGCUGAGCUAUCAGAGAUUUGGCUUAAGGAUUUCAUUGCAGUUGGACAGAUACUGCCAGAGUCACAAUGGAAUGAUAGUAGUAUCGAUAAAAUAGAGGAUAGAGAUUUUCUAGUACGUUAUGCAUGCGAACCUACUGCGGAAAAGUUUGUACCAAUUGAUAUUUUUCAAAUCAUAAGAAGAGUAAAGGAAAUGGAACCCAAACAAUCUGAUGAAUACUUGAAAAGAGUAUCUGUACCAGUGAGUGGGCAGAAGACAAAUAGACAGGUGAUGCAUAAGAUGGGAGUUGAAAGAUCUUCAAAAAGACUAGCAAAGAAACCUUCAAUGAAAAAAAUUAAAAUCGAGCCCUCUGCAGAUGAUGACGUAAAUAAUGGAAAUAUACCGUCUCAGCGAGGAACGUCAACAACUCAUGGUUCAAUUUCUCCCCAAGAAGAGUCUGUUUCCCCUAACAUCUCAUCGGCGUCCCCUUCUGCGCUCACAUCACCUACAGAUUCUUCGAAAAUUUUACAAAAAAGAUCUAUAUCAAAGGAACUAAUUGUUUCAGAGGAAAUACCAAUAAACUCUUCAGAACAGGAAUCCGAUUAUGAGCCAAACAAUGAAACAUCUGUGCUUUCAAGUAAACCUGGGUCAAAGCCAGAGAAGACAUCUACAGAACUCGUUGACGGCCGAGAGAAUUUUGUAUAUGCAAAUAAUCCAGAAGUGAGUGAUGAUGGUGGGCUUGAAGAGGAAACAGAUGAAGUUAGUUCAGAAAGUUCUGAUGAAGCAAUAAUACCAGUAAAUAAAAGACGUGGCGCUCACGGAAGCGAAUUGAGCAGUAAAAUUAGAAAAAUCCACAUUCAAGAAACACAAGAAUUUUCUAAAAAUUACACUACAGAAACAGAUAACGAAAUGAACGGAAAUGGAAAACCUGGAAUUCCCAGGGGCAACACCAAAAUUCAUAGUAUGAACGAAAAUCCUACACCAGAAAAAGGUAAUGCAAAGAUGAUUGAUUUCGCUACUUUGUCAAAGUUGAAAAAAAAAUAUCAGAUAAUUUUAGACCGGUUUGCACCAGAUAAUCAAGUAACAGAUUCCUCCCAAUUGAACAAAUUAACAGACGAACAGUCAAGCUUGGACGUUGCAGGCCUUGAGGAUAAGUUUAGAAAAGCAUGCUCUUCAUCUGGAAGAGAAACCAUUCUGUCAAAUUUUAACGCUGAUAUAAAUUUAGAGGAAUCAAUUAGAGAAUCUUUACAAAAGAGAGAACUACUAAAAUCACAAGUGGAGGAUUUUACAAGAAUAUUCCUUCCGAUUUACGACAGUUUGAUGUCUUCCCAAAAUAAACUAUUUUAUAUUACCAAUGCAGAUGAUUCUACUAAAUUCCAGCUUGUGAAUGAUGUAAUGGAUGAGUUGAUCACCUCUUCGGCCCGAAAGGAACUACCUAUUUUCGAUUACAUUCAUAUUGAUGCCUUGGAACUGGCAGGAAUGGAUGCAUUAUAUGAGAAAAUAUGGUUCGCCAUUUCUAAAGAAAAUCUAUGCGGUGAUAUAUCACUAGAGGCCUUAAACUUCUAUAUUACAAAUGUCCCGAAAGCAAAAAAGAGAAAGACACUAAUAUUAAUACAAAAUCCGGAAAAUCUAUUGAGUGAGAAGAUUUUACAAUAUUUCGAGAAAUGGAUUUCUUCGAAAAAUUCAAAAUUGUCUAUCAUUUGCGUUGGCGGACAUAAUGUGACGAUUAGAGAGCAAAUAAAUAUAAUGCCCUCCCUCAAAGCACACUUUACCGAAAUCAAACUUAAUAAGGUGGACAAGAAUGAAUUGCAACAAAUGAUCAUCACGCGACUCAAAUCUUUAUUGAAACCUUUUCAUGUCAAAGUAAAUGAUAAGAAGGAAAUGACUAUUUACAAUAAUAUUCGCGAAGGACAGAACCAGAAAAUACCAGAUAAUGUGAUAGUAAUCAAUCAUAAGAUCAACAACAAAAUCACUCAACUUAUUGCAAAGAACGUAGCCAACGUAAGUGGUAGUACUGAAAAAGCAUUCAAAAUAUGUGAAGCUGCCGUAGAAAUUUCUAAAAAAGACUUCGUACGGAAAGGUGGUCUACAAAAGGGUAAAUUGGUAGUGUCACAGGAGAUGGUACCACGCUAUUUCUCAGAAGCUAUUAACGGAUUCAAGGAUGAAACUAUUUCAAAGAAGAUUAUAGGAAUGUCUCUGUUGAUGAGAACAUUUUUAUAUACCCUGGCGCAAGAAACCGAAGGCACGAAUCGUCAUACGCUUGCUCUGGAGACCGUCCUGAUUAAGAUGGUGAAGAUGUUGCGGGACAACCCAGGGUACAAGGCGUCAAAAGAAAUUAAGAAGGUCAUAUGCGGUGCCUGGGAGCCCGCAAUAACUAUAGAGAAACUAAAGCAAUUUUCUUGGAUAAGUGUAGUGAAUGAUUUAGUGGGAGAAAAAUUAGUUGUUGUGGUGCUCGAGGAGCCCAGUGCAAGCAUUAUGGUAGAACUAAAACUUCCUUUAGAAAUAAAUUACGCCUUUUCGAUGGAUGAAGAAUUCAAAAAUAUGGACUGCAUUUGA